AGCGGACACUGGGCGCAUUAUGGGUCAUCCCACCAAAAUCAAACUGCAUUCUCGCUGUUUGUCACCGGGCACAAUCCAGCACGAGUUGAUGCACGCGCUGGGAUUCCUCCACGAACACAGUUGCCCGGAUCGGGACGACUACAUCAACAUAGUGCCCAGCAACAUGGUGACCGACAUCCACGAAGGAAACUUCCGGAAAAUGCCUCAGAUGGCCACCUUCGGCCUUCCAUACGACGUUGAGUCGCUGCUGCAUUACGGUCCCGAGUUAUCCAAAAGCCCCGACAAACCGGCUAUUGCUUCCAAAGCGAGCACACCGCCGCGUUGGAUGUACGGCCUCAGCCAGUCAGAUGUGGCCAGGGUGAAGGCAGCUUACAACUGCAUCCAGAAGGCUGCUGCAGUUGUUCCUCUUGACACUCGUAACGAAGGUGAGCCACUGGUGUAACUUUCAGGACAGAUAUGUAUUGGCAAAAUGAACGCUGAACGCUAUUAAAUCAAAAUUUCUAAGUUUUUGAUACACGGUGGUUUGCGUAAGCCUUUAUUCCAUGUAUUGCUCAGCGGUAGAAUGGUUUUGCACCAGUGAAAGAGAAACUCUUAUAUAGCAAACGGUGUACAGGAGACGACAAUGCAUGCAUGUGAUUACGCUUCUAGCGUUCUACACUUCUGACGCUUAAGGCGGUUUGGGGAAAUGCAUGAUGUAAGCAC